GCGGCGGAGGGGGCGGCGCUGGCGGCGGGGGGAGCGCGGUUCCCCCCCCUCUCCAUUUCCCCCGGGCCGGCCCCGCUCUCCCCCCCCGCCCCGGGCCGGCACCUGCCGGAGCGGGCUGGGCUCCCCCCGGCCGGGGCUGCAGCGGCGCCGGGCACAGCAGGUCCCCGCCGGUUCGGCCGAGCCGGAGCCGCGGCCGCGCUGCGGGGAGGGCGCCGCUUCCCCGGGGGUCGCGGGGUGGGGGAGCGGGGAGAGAACUGCGGGGGCAAAAUCUCGGCCGGUGCGAAGGGCGCAUGGAGAUGUGGAGAGCCUCUGGCGCUCCCCUCGGUGAGAGGGCUUGGGUCCCCCCUUGGCGCUUCCCCCUCCCCAUGGCGGGGGCUCUCGGAGCGCGCUCCGGUUUGGUGCCGAAGUUUUGAAGCCCUUUGUUUGCAGAAAUGGCCUCGAUCUCUUUAUGGGAAAGGGAUAAGAUGGUGCAAGUUGGGGUGCGAGCAAAGGGUUCCCCAGCACACGUUAGGCCCUUGGGGCAGCGGCGCUGGGAUCGGCCGCCUGCAUCCUUUCGAGCCCCGCAGCAGCGAGAUGCGGCGCCGGGAGCAUCCCCGGUUGGGACACACAGCAGAGCAGGAUCCGCCGUCCCGUUUGUCAUGUGAGGCACUGGGAAUGGGACGGGAGCAGCUGGGAUGGGGCCGAGCACACGCAGAAGCCCUGUGCAUCGUCACUGAGGAUGCUCCCAUCCCCUCUGUGCCCCAGCGCUGCGGGCAGCGCACAUCACAUUUUUAGGGGAAAACAUCUUCUUCCUGUAGGGAACUUCAAAAGUAGUGAUUUGUGAGUCAAACUGGAAGCAGGCGAGACCAACUCACCAUUUAUAAGGGUGGAGGGGGGAGAGCACAGGGUCUUUCCCCCAGUCAUCAGUGCCCAGCAAAGGGGGAUGCAACGGAAGCGCUUUAGGGUUUCCCCUAAAUUUCCCUGAAAUCAGUAAGGAAGAGGGAAAAACUGACAGCACUGCAUUUCCCAGCUCACUGUGCCACCGCGACUGCUGCAUCCCAGUGCCGGCCUCGGUGCGCUGAGUACGGAUGGUGCUGCCGGGGAGGUUCUGGAGCCUCACGCUGUUCCUUGGGGUCAGUGGCUUUUGCAAAGGGCUCAGCGUGGAGUGGUGACCAGACCCCUCCUCACCUGCCCUCCCGCACUGGCUCUGGACCCCACCGCAGUUUGCUGGCUUAAACUGGAACCUGGUGGUUCUGGUUCGUACCCCUGGAAACACCACCCAGGUUAAAAUGUCCCUUCAGUACCUCACCCACUGGCAGGAGCUGCUACUUUUGAUUUGGCAGGAGCCCCUUUUCUUGAUAUUUUUUGGCAUGAUGGGAGUUGCGAGUGGGGCGGUGCGGGUAAGGCUAGAGGGCAGCAGGGACAAAAUUCAGAAAACUUCUCACAAAUCAGGCAAAUUAGCUAUUGCUUUCGCUUGGUAACUUCAAGAAAGCUGCUGCUGCUGCUUUCUCACGGCUAUGCUGGUCCAGUGGCUGCUGCCUCCAGCAAGCCGCUGAUGCCCUUGUCCUCGCAGAGAGGUUUUGGCAGCUUUGUCUCUCGCAGUUCCAUCCUGAGCGAGUUAAAAUCCAGGCACUGGGCCUUGGGGAGCGAUGAGGACUGCACCCUAUGUAUCUUUGGGGAGCCCCGUGUCGCCCCGUCCUGCAGGAAACCCUUUCAUCCAAGAGGUUCUGGCUUUCCCGGGUAUGGAUCAAGGGCGACCACGUCGUCUGGCCUCGAAGAAGAGCCAAUAUCCUGCUACACAAGCUUCUCCUUGAGAAUGGGUCGCCCUCCCCGAGUUGUAAUUCUUCCUGGCAGCGACAGUGCAAGUGGUUGUGGGACAACAAAAGAGGGGAUGCUGUGGCCGUGCAAGGUGAAGGAUGGACAGACAGACGGUGCCAGAGCCACGACAGUUAUUUAUUUAUCCACCUGAACCAAGGUUGGCCGGUGCUUGGCUGAGCUGUGGAGCAGGGUCUGCACGGCCAGAGCUGUUUUUUGGACACAAACACUCCCCAGUGUGGCGAGGACAGAGGAGCUGCUGCUGAUCGAACCUGCUUUGGGAGGGAAAAACACCACUUUGGUUUGGUGGCUAAUUAGAUAUUUACCAGGAAGGAAGGGAAGUUAAAAAUAGGGUGACAGGGACUUCAAAGGGUGUUUUUUUGACUUCUAAGAAUAACACCUUUGCUGGCACCGAUUUCGGGAAUAUCAGCUGUGCCUGGGUGUGAAAGACGGAGGGGACAUUUGCAUCGCUUUGAGGGCACAACGGCAUCGGCAGGGACACGAAGGAGGGAGUUUUGGGGAAGAUGAAGCCACCGAUGUCCUGGCAGGGGUGGGAGGGGAGGAGUGGCACUGUGGGCACCUCAUCCCCGGGGGUGGUGCUGGUGCUGGUGGCACUGGUGGGGCUCUGGGCACUCCCGGUAGUGUCCGGGCAGCCCAACUUCAUCGUCAUCCUGGCAGAUGAUGUGGGCUGGGGGGACCUGGGGGCCAACUGGGCAGAGACGACGGAGACCCCGCAUUUGGAUGAGCUGGCAGCUGAGGGGACAAGGUUUGUGGAUUUCCACUCAGCCGCCUCCACUUGCUCGCCGUCCCGCGCCUCUCUGCUCACCGGCCGCCUCGGGGUGCGCAAUGGGGUGACCCACAACUUCGCCGUCACGUCGGUGGGUGGCCUCCCCCUGAACGAGACCACCCUGGCCGAGGUCCUGCGGGCGGCUGGGUACAGCACGGGCGCUAUAGGCAAGUGGCACCUGGGACACCACGGCCACCAUCACCCCAGCUUCCGUGGCUUCGACUACUACUUUGGGAUCCCCUACAGCCACGACAUGGGGUGCACGGACACCCCCGGCUACAACGUGCCGCCUUGCCCGCCCUGCCCGCGGCACGGCACCCCUGCCAGGAUCCUGAGGAAGGACUGUUACAUGGAGGUGGCCCUUCCUCUCUUCGAGAACGUCACCAUCGUCCAGCAGCCCGUCAACCUCAGCAGCCUGGCAGCGCGCUAUGCAGAGGAGGCGGCGCGGUUCAUCCGGCGGGCAAGUGGACGCCCCUUCUUCCUCUACCUAGCGCUGGCCCAUAUGCACGUCCCACUGGGGGUGUCAUCCCCGCCGCCCCCCAACUCGGGCAGGGGCAUCUAUGGAGCCUCCCUGAGCGAGAUGGAUGCGCUGGUGGGACAGAUAAAGCGGGUGGCUGACAGCCACGGAAAGGGCCACACGCUCCUGUGGUUCGCAGGUGACAAUGGUCCUUGGGCACAGAAGUGUGAGCUGGCAGGACGCGUGGGGCCGUUCGUGGGGGCCUGGCAGAGGCAGAGAGGUGGGAGCUCAGCAAAGCAAACGACCUGGGAAGGGGGACACCGGGUGCCGGCGCUGGCGUAUUGGCCUGGCCGCAUCCCUGCCAAGCGCACGAGCCACGCUCUGCUCAGGUUCUGCUCCACCCCAACAGCGGGGCUGCGGGGAAGGACGGCGAGAUCGAGACGCUGCGGCUGGCGCAGUACAAGGCGUUUUACACCACAGGAGGGGCGAUGGCUUGCGAUGGCAGCGUCGGGCCAGCUCAGCACCACCAGCCACCCCUCAUUUUCAAUCUGGCUCGUGACAUCCAGGAGCAGGAGCCUUUGGAUGUGGCAUCCAGAGAGUACCAGGCUGUGCUGCCUGCCAUCAGCAGGGCUUACACCCAGGCUCUGGAGGACAUCGCCACAGACAAUGUCUCCAUUGCCGAUUACUCCAAAGACGCAGCUGCCACCCCCUGUUGUAACGCCCAGCACGUGGCCUGCCGGUGCCACCAGCCUGGGACACACGCAGCCGUCCUGGAGCAUCACACGGGAAGAAGAGCAACACGGCUUUGUCUUUAAGCAAAUAAGCACUCAGGCUGCUCCUGUCCCUGGUCUGGUUUGUGUGAACGGGGCGCUUGUGCUGCAGGAGAGGGACGGAGGCUGUGGUCACAGUAUCACAGUAUGUUUGGGAUUGGAAGGGACCUCAAAAGAUCAUCUAGUUCAAUCCCCCUGCUGGAGCAGGAACGCCCAGGUGAGGUCGCCCAGGAACAUGUCCAGGUGGGUUUUGAAUGUCUCCAGAGAAGGAGACAGUGCUGUGGCACUGGAGGUGGGUUAGUUGUGGGUCUGGGGAGCACAUGGAGGGUCCCCUUGGUGCAGAGCAGGACUGUCACCUCGGCAGCAUGGCCACUGCUGUACCUGGUGGCACAUGGAAGCAGGCAGGGGUUUUGUAGGGCUCUUCAGCUGAGAAAGAGCAAAGGCUUGGAUUAGGGGCAAGACAAGGGGUGAUGGUUUUAAACUAAAGGAGCGGAGAUUCAGGCGAAGCAUGAGGAAGAAAUUGUUGCCCCUGAGGGUGGUGAGAGCCUGGUCCAGGUUGGCCAGAGAGGUGGUAGAUGAACCAUCCCUGGAGACAUCCCCGGCCAGGCUGGACGGGGCUCUGAGCAACCUGAGCUGGUGAAGAUGUCCCUGCUCAUGGCCGGGGUUAGACCAGGUGAGCUUUGAAGGUCCCUUCCAACCCAAACCAUUCUCUGAUUCUAUGAUUGAAACCCUUCUGUGAGAUCUGGCUUCGGGAGAGGAUUCCUCUGGGCAAUCCGCUUGGCUUUCCUCUAAAAUGGACCUUACAGGAGCGGCUGGUGGGAGCACAGGGGAGGACGGGGCCUCUGAGCAAAUGUCCCUUCUGGUGCUGAGACCCUGGAAAUGUGUAGCUGCAGAGAGAAACGUCCCAGCUGGCACAAGGUGAGGGCUCUGGGAAACGGAGCACCUGCCCCGCCAGCUCCCACAGGAGGCUUAUUAAUGGGGUUAUGUUAAUAACCCAGAGGAGGGGGCGAGACAGCUCUGGUGGGGCGGUUCUGGGCAGGUGCAAAGCCCUGGGGAGCUGCAAAGGCCAAACCGAAGGUUGCAACUGAAACUUAAGAAACCAGCGGGAUGUCUCAGCAGCAGGGUGGGGGUUUUCUGAAACAAUUUUAGACUCCGAUUUACGCACCCAGAUCUUUCUGUGGAACAACCAUACGUGGAUUUGUGUGAGCUUGGUCGGGUGGAAGCCACCGUCCUCGCACCAGCCCCCCAAACCCACCCUCCCACGGAUAAAACUUAAUCAAGACUGACAUCUUUAGGGCCCCAAAAAGAACAGCAGGACUGCCAGGGCCAGACCGUCACUUUAUUCUCUCUUUAAACAUAGCAAAUGGCAUCUAAUAUCACUGCAAAAAUACUUUGCCUGGGUAAAACAGUACGUAUAUACUGUACAAAGACAUAAGUUUAAUAUACCUUCCUAGACGUACAUUUAUACACAUAAACCAGCAUAAAUUAGAAAAGGGACAAAUGGGUAUAUAAAAUUCUGGUUACAUACAAAUCUGAUUAAAUUAGCAUUUACAUUGUGGUUCUAA